AUGAGUUCGGCGGGCAAUUUCGUAUUGAGGCCAGGGCCCAAACAGAUCGGUAAUGAGCGCGGUCUUAACGUCUUAGAUCGUCUCGCCAAUCUAGAAAAUUCUCUUCCUGAGCUCCAUAGGCGAAUUUCUCUACUUGAAGAGACCCGUGUUUCUGAGCCUAAUGAACGAAUUGCUUCACUUGAAGAAGCCCGUGUUUCUGAGCUCAAUAGGCGAAUUACUUCACUCGAAGAAGUCCGUAUUUUUGAGCUCAAUGGGCGAAUUGCUCUACUUGAGGAAGCCGGUGAUGUUGAACGACGCAGGAUGUUACUUAUUCGUGCAAGUAACUUGGAGAAAGCAAGCGGUGAAUGGUUUGAUUUUAGAGGAUGGUUCGAUUUUAGAGUCCGCAAUGAAAGAAAUCGACUUGUUCACAGGAAAGAUAUCGAGCUUGAUCUUGAAGCUCUUGAAUUCCUCAGGACGGAUCCAACAAGAUACCAGAGCACAUCAUGA